UUUGUUUUUGUCCUCAGUCAUUUCAGUCUGGUGUGACGCGGGUCCGAGUCUGAGUGUCUGACAGAUUCGUUGACGAACAAAAGUUUUGCUUUUUCUCAAGUUUUCUACGUUGUAUUUGACAGUUGUUUUUGUUAACUUGAAUCAAACAAGUCUAAAAGAAUAUCGUUAGUUCGUUGCUUUCCGGAUUGCAAAUAUAAGAGUGGGUAUUCAUUUUCGUUUUCUUUGUGCGAGACAAGAAACGACUUGAUUUCAUUCCACAGCUAUUCAGGAAUAUGAAUGUGCGGUUUCUCUAUUAAUGUCUGAUUAUUUGGCUUGUUGAAUUAUUUGGUAAUCUCAACAAUUUGACGGUUGGCUCCAACUCACUUGAUGAUAUAAUAUACAACCCUGUUGACUUGGGACAAGUUUACCUUGAUUGUACAGUGCGUCGUCAUUGCGGUUGCUUGAUCACCAGUUUAUUUCGUGUGUCUAUACCGUAAUUGAUUAAACCGGUGCGGUGACUGUUGCUGCGCAUGGACCGUGAUCUCCAAUGGCGUGGAGCCUAUAACUUGGCAAUAUCCGGCACAGCCACAAGUGUAUACCGUCUCUCACUUCCGUUAUUCUUGACGUGAGGAUCGGUCCCACUCCAAUUGACAUCCUCGAAACUCGAAAGUCUAGCACCUCACCAGUGAUGCCUAUCCGACGCGACAAGCUCAAAACAUUAUACUUCGGCUCGAUGGCGGCAAUCAUUAUUUUUGUCUACCUGAGAUUUUGGUUCAUUUCUGCCCUUCGUGAUGGAAAAGAAGUUGCCAAAGACGCCAAUCAAACCCAUUCGACAAUAUUAAUCUCAUCAAUGGUGCAGGAAUUCAACAUCGUCCGAUACUCGGACAUUGUCAACGUGGAAGGCCUUAACCAGUCGUCGUCGUUAAAUUCCAUUUCACUUCUGUCGGACGACAAGCGAAUUUAUUUUCACGAAACUACCGGUCGAGAUCACCUCAACUUGCGCCAAUUGUGCGCUGUCGAGUCGACGGCCAAAGAAAAUUCCAACCGAUCGAUUCAGAUUUUCUUUCAAUCGAAUCACGUCAACUUAACUGUCGGCCCACUGGCCCACAUCCUCGAGAAAUACCCCAACAUUUUCGUGAUCCUCAUCGACGUCCGUGAUUACUUCAACCAGACGCCGCUAGAAGAUUGGUACUUGCGCGGGGCUUGGCGACAGAGUCCGUACAAGACGGAGCAUUUCUCUGACUACAUCCGCAUCCUCAGCUCCCACAAAGGCGGAGGAAUGUACAUGGAUCUCGAUUUUGUCGCCCUCAAGCCGUUUGAUGACAACAUUUUCUGGAAUUUCGUGCCGGAAGAAGACGACAGCGUCUUGACUGGAUCUUCGUUCCAUUUCCAGAAGGAUCACCCCAUCGUCCGGAAGAUGAUGACCUACUUGGCCUCUUCCUAUCAUCCGAAGAAGUGGUCCUAUUCCGGCCCGGCAAUGUUCCAGUCGGUUCUGCUCAAAUAUUGCCAGAGGCGAACGCCUCUGCCGACUUAUCCGGUGUUCCUUUGCCCGGACAUCCGCGUCCUUCCCAAAACUUAUUUGUAUCCCUACAAAUUUGCCGAAUGGAAGCGAAUGUUCCGCUCCUCCAACGUCAGCGGAGACGACGCCAUUUUCCAAAGCUACGCCGUUCACACCUACAACAAACUGUCGAAGAAAGAGCCCGUCUAUGUCGGAUCCAAUCAGCUUUACAGCAAAAUCGCCCGUGUUCAUUGCCCAAUUACUUACGCCCAUGCCUUUUCCAAUCUGAAAGUCAAUUACUUUUGAUUUCUUUGUUGUCAACGAUCCAGAACUUAUUUAUUUUUUGUUAUUUUUGUAAUGUUACACUUUUUUUUUAGUUACAUGUAAGAGUUGAAUGCAGGGUAAGACAUUUUUUUGAUAAUCAAUUAUUACUGAGAACCAAUCUGAAUCACUAUAGAUAAUGACAUCAUUUUUACGUGACUGCCUGGUGGGUGACAAUUAAAAAAAAUCGUCAGCA